AUGUCGAGAGGAAAAUUCAUAACGAGUUUAUGCAUUACAGAGAGAAAUGAACCUCUCGAAGAGCGUCAGCAACAUGAUGAAGAACCUAUAUCAGAUUAUGACGAUUCUGAUGCAGACCCAAAUUAUGAGCCGUCAGUAUCCCCUAGAAGGAAAAAAAUUAAAUUUUCGGACUUUGAUGACGUAUCGCUUGCGCCCCUCAAAAACAGGCAGCCUUUGAAAAAAGUCAACGAGAAUAAUAUUGGGUUUAAAAAGCCAUCCCAAGACGAAUGCGCUCAGUGUCUAAAACAUAAAGUUCACAUUAUUCGCCAAUGCGACGCAAGUAGUUGCAAGAUUUGUUGUCAAUUCGAAAACCACAAAAAAAGUUAUACGGAAGCAAGACAGCACUAUGAAAAUGACUCCAAUCAAGAGGUAAUGCAAGAUGAGAAGGUCUAUGCUGUAGAUAUGCAGAAAGUCUUACUCUUGCCCAAAAUGUCAACCAAGGAAUCUUUUUUUGUUUCAAGGUUGGUCGUAUUUAACGAGACGUUUGCGUCACUUCAUAAGGACGGAAAUAUUUGCGUGAUGUGGCAUGAGGCUAUAAGAGGCAGGUCCGCGACGGAUGUUGCAUCGGCAUACUACAACGUAAUAAAAAAUUCAGACAAUGUUACCAAAAAAUUUACAUUCUGGGUAGACAACUGUUCUGCUCAGAACAAGAAUUGGACACUAUAUUCUGCUUUUGCGACUUUUGUAAAUUUUAGUAAGUAG